AUGAUGAUGGUGUAUCAUUCGUGCUUUCUUUCGCUGUGACUCAUUGUCAAACAGGACCUUGAGGUGAAAUCGGAAUAUUCAAUGUGCAUCGUAAAGUUUUUGGACUUCGAUAUUGACGUUACAUUAAAUAUUUGGAUAAUGCACGUUUUAACAUAUACAGUGGCCACGAAGAUCAAUGAUAAUAGAAUUUUAUAAACACGAGCUAGAAAAUUAGUGGUGGAGGACGAACUUUGCCGGUGGCGAUACUGCAAUAUGUCUUUUUUUAGCGGUUCCUAGUGUUCCGUUGAUUUUUCUCUUUUUGCCUUAACGGUCGGUCGUUUAGCAAAGAAUGUAACUGGACCUUUCUAAAUUCUGUGCUCGCACGUUUUACUCUGUUUUUAUGAAUCUUAUUUGCCAAUCUGGUUGACCAGAUUUUAUGCCUAAACGAUCGGAUCACUUAAGAUCCCUUUAUUUGUAUUUCAAGAUCAUCUUUUUUUCGACACGAUUUUCAACUUGAAUAACAUUUUUUGAGUGAAAGGAAAAUGCUAAGAUAUUUUUGCUAACUGCGAACUCGUUAUGUCUUACAACCGGAAGAUUUAUAUUUUAGGUUUGCCUGUGGGAAAAAAGUAACUGGCGAAAGGAAAAGUUAAACAUUAUUACCUCCAUAGUUUCGCUAAAGUCUUCCAACUAUUUUCUCGAAUAAUAAUUUGCAACAUCGUUCCAGUUUUUUUCUGUUCGGUUAUGUCAUCGUUGUUCUUUCUGUUUAUUUCGUUUUUUAACAUAAGUUAAGAUUCUAAAGAAUAAUACAGCUAUUUGUUUAACUUAAAUUUUUCAAGUUGCCAAAUUAAAAAAUUUUUAAAUAUUCAGAUUCUUGAAUUUCCAAAUUCGUAAUAGAGUAUGCAUAAAAGUUAUGCGAUCUUGCAAUUACAAUAAUUUGAACUUAUAUUGGUAUCAUUGCGCGCUGUUUCAAAGCCAGUCUCGCCAACAAAAGAAUAUCAAACUUGCGUACCAUUUUAUGCACUUGUUGUUGUUGUCUACGAGAUACUCGUGUUAGAUUAGUUUGCGAGGUCAUAACAAAUAACAGUAUUAUUACAAAAUGGUUAAACUAACGCCAGAACUAAUACAGCAGUCUAUGCAAUACAUAAAUCCUGUAAAGGAUCGUGAAUUGGAUCUCAGAGGAUACAAAAUACCUACAAUUGAAAACUUGGGUGCAACAUUGGAUCAGUUUGAUACUAUUGAUUUCUCUGACAAUGAUAUUAGAAAACUGGAUGGAUUUCCUCUUUUGAAACGAAUCAAAACCCUCUUCUUCAAUAAUAAUCGUAUUGUUAGAAUUGGCGAAGGCUUAGAACACUGUAUACCAAAUUUGGAAACUCUUAUGUUAACGGGAAACAUGAUUCAAGAGCUUGGAGAUUUGGAGCCAUUAACACAACUGAAAAAUUUAACCAACCUGUGUUUGCUUCAAAAUCCAGUCUCUGCGAAGCCUCAGUACAGACAAUAUGUUGUAUAUAGGUUUCCACAACUGAGACUCCUAGACUUUAGAAAGAUUAAAAUGAAAGAACGGGAGGCUGCAAUUGCUUACUUCAGAAGUAAAAGAGGAAAGGAAAUGGUUCGUGAAAUAGCUAAGAAGGUGAAAACACAGAGUUCUGGUGCAUCUGUAGAUAAACCAUUAACCACUCCAGAAGAACGUAACAAAAUUAGAGAAGCUAUUACAAAUGCUACUUCUUUGGAAGAAGUACAACGCCUGAGUAAAUUACUUCAAGCUGGACACAUGCCUAGUGAAGAACGUUUACAAAAUGGAAAUACAAUGCCUGAAGCAAUGGAAGAAGAGGAUGAUUAAAUAUUUUACAUGUUAUUUGAGAACUUAGAUUAAAAAAGAUUAAUCUUUUUUAUUUCUGUAAGUAUUUGGUUAGUACCAUAAGUGGAAUUAAAAACAGUUUGUUAAGCUAAUAAGAAAUUGUAUACUACACAAAUGCAAUUUCACCUGAAGAUAACUUAUAUUUGUAAAAAUAAAGCCAUUAAACCCAAUUGGCCUGAAGCGAUUUUGUAAGGAUAUGUUAUGCCAUAUAAGAUUAACGAUUUUUCAAACAAAUUUUAAUACACGUGUAUAUUUCUUUCAGUGGCAGUACAAUAAAUUACUUAUUCAAAAAUGAA